ACUCACAGGAAGAAGAUAAAGAGUCUAGUAACAGUGAUCAAGGGAAAUCAUUCACUGCAGGGAUAAUAAAUAAUUAUCGAGGUAGACAUGGUCAUGGCCACCCAAGAUCAAGCAAUACUACCCAAGUUGAUCAAUAA